UCUUUUAAUAUCUUAGAAUUUUUUAAACUUUAUAACAAACCUGUAACACCUUUUAUAUCAAAUUAUUUAACACAACUUGAAGCACAACUACAAUCUGGUACAGUUGAUCCACCUUUAAAUAAUAAAAUAUUAAUUAAAUUUAGUACAUCACAUCUAGAUUCUUCACAAUAUAUAAUUGGGUUUUGA